GCGGGCUCCCGCCGAGAGAGAGAAGCGCGCGGGACCGAGCCCACGUGUUCCUGGGAGCGGGAUCGGAACCGGGAUCGGGAUCAGAACCGGGACCGCGGCCAUGGCCCAGCUCCGCCUCACCGAUUUCUUCGGCCAGACAAAAGCGCCCACCGCAGCCCCGGCCAAGCGCAGCGGCGGACCCCCAGAACUUGCCCCCCGCCCCCCACUCUUUCUUCUGAUGUACAAUCCCCUCCACCCCCACCCGGACUUAUCCCUGCCCCAAGUGCACGACCCCCAGCACUCGCCCCUCUGCGCCUACUGCAGACCCCUCUGUGGCUCCCCCUCUCAGUUCUCCUCUCUCUUGCAGGCCGCCAGCUCCUCGCCUCUGGCCACUCCUCGACCCCCGACACCCCUCUCACCGGCCCUGGCCGUGUCCCCUGCGGCCGCCACCCCCGGCCGUGGGCAGGACACGGGGACAGAGCCCGGCCCGGCCGCCCCGGGGCCAGCGCGGCGCCUGCAGCGGGAGGACGUGGCCGAGCUGCAGGGCCGCCUGCAGAGGAUGAAGGUGCUGGGCCGGGUGGCCCCUGUCCCCAGCGGGAGCAGCAGUGACCUGCGGAGCCGCCUGCAGCGGGUGCGGCAGCUGGAGCUGCGCGUGCGGCAGAGGAGAGCGGCGACUGGGGACACCGGGGACACUGGGGACACCGGGACAGCAGCUCCUGAGGGAGAGAGCAGCAAGAAGCCCCCGGCCUACCAGCGGUUCCACACUCUAGCCCAGGACCUGCCCCCGGGGCUGACGCUGCCCUACAAGUUCAGGGUGCUGGCAGAGAUGUUCCGCAGCGUGGACACCAUCACCGGGAUGCUCUUCAACCGCUCCGAGACCGUCACCUUCGCCAAGGUCAAGCAGGGCGUGCAGGACAUGCUGCGCAGGCAGUUCGAGGAGCGGCACCUGGGGCAGAUCAAGGCCGUGUAUCCCAGCUCGUACCGGCUGCGCCAGGAGAAGAACGUCCCCACCUUCGGCAGCAGCGGGAAGAAGUCUGAGUAUCAGCUCACGCUGGAGCCAGUGCUGGGGGAAGAGGAGAAGGUGGACGGGCGCCCGCACCUGUCGGCGUCGCGGCUGCUGGAGCGCCGGAGGGAAUUCCACCGCAACCUGGUGAACAUCGUCAGGGAGCACCACAAGGCAUUCCUGGCUGCCCUCAGCCCUCCCCUGGUGGUGCCAGAGGAGAAGCUGACCCGGUGGCAUCCCCGCUUCAACGUGGACGAGGUGCCGGACGUGAGCCCGGCGGAGCUGCCGCGGCCGCCGCAGGAGGACAGGCUGAGCACGGCCCAGGAGGUGCUGAGCACGGCCCGGGGGAUGCUGAGCCCCAAGAUGGAAAAAGCUCUUGCCAACCUGGCCCUCCGAACGGCCGGAGCCGACGCGGGGGAACCGCCGCUUCCCAAAACCCCAACCCCUGCCAGCACCUCCAGCGCGCUCAGAGGGGUGUCCCAGGAGCUGCUGGAGCGCCCCCUCCCGGCCAUGGCGCGCGUCCUGCGCGGCGUCUUCGUGGCCGAGAGGAAACCGGCGCUCAGCAUGGAGCUGCUCUGUGCCCGCCUGGCCGACAGCUGCCCCGAGCUGGUGGCACCCGGUGAGAUGGAGGAACACGUGCGGCUCUUGGCAGAGGUGCUGCCCGACUGGGUGGGGAUUCACAGCCUCAGGACGGACACCUACGUCAAGCUGGACAAAGAGAAGGACCUGGGCCUGGUCACUGAGAGGCUCAACAAGGCAGCCAAGGAGGCUGGAGCUCUCUAAACCCCUCAAGGGUUGAGGUUUUUUCUGUGCAAUCUCCUGGAAAUGUAGCAAAUCCCGACAGCGCUCCGGGUUCUGGGGUGGGCUGGAGGGAGGCUCGUCCUCAGCAUGGCUGGGGAAGGGUGAGAAUGCCUUAGUUUAAUUAAUCCCUGUGGUGGGAUCCAUGAGGAUUUUAGGUCUCCUAGUUCCUGAGCAAUCCGGUGGGGUGAUGAUGGAACCUGAGGAACCUUUUCCUCUCCUUUCCUGUGUUCUCCUGAAGGUUCAGUGGGGUCUCCUGGAGGUCCAGUUUCAGAAGUUUUUUCCAUUAAUUGGGUCCUGGUAGGGUGAAAGCAGAACAGGGCAGGCUGAGAGGGCAACAGACAAGAAGGAGUGAGAGAAAAAGUCACAAUUUGAUGGUUUUGGAGCUUCAGGCCUCGCUCUGUUUUUAAGGGAGGGGAAAACGCAUCUUCCAGUCCUCGCUGGAAACAACUGCAGGGCUUGUCAAAACACGUUUGUAUUAAAUGUUUUAAAUAUAGCUGACUUGUGUUAACCCAGUGCUCUUCCUCACUGCUGUCUCGUGGUUCUCCAUGGCAAUUGGCGCUGGGAAGGGCUGGGUCCUCCUCCAGCUCCUGGAGAAGGACUGGAAAAAGUGAGCGUGGCUUUGCAGGGAGCUGAAUGCAGCUUUUGUAAAUGGGGCUGGGGGGCAGCUCUGCAGGGACAGGGGCUGACAGGAGACCAGGA